CUGUUUUUUCUCUUCAGUUUCCACACUCACACACUACCAUUGAAGGCAACUAUGCAUUACACAUAUUAAGCUUCUUCUUUCUUUGUAAUGCUUAUUCAUUCACAAAAACCAUCACACAAAAACCCUCUUUCCAAUUCCAUAACCUCCUCAUUCACCAAGCUUCACUUUUUUGUUCUCAAUCUUUCACUUCCCCAGAGAGAUUGAGAUGCCACAAGAGAGUUGCCAAAACUCAUUUUUCACAUCUCCUUCAAAGAGAGGAUUGAAGGGUUUAGUGGUCACCACCAUGAACAAGGAGGCUUCAUGCACUGUCACAGAGGAAGGUUUCAAUGAUAAUGAAUUGGCACAGAGGAAGGCAGAGGAAGCAGCUUGGAGAAGAUACAAAGCAACAGAAUGGCUACGCCAAAUGGACAAUGUUGCCUCAUUAUCACUCACUGAAACACCCUCGGAAGAAGACUUUUGCCUUGCUCUACGCAAUGGUCUUAUUCUCUGCAAUGUCCUCAACAAAGUCAACCCCGGUGCUGUUCUCAAGGUGGUGGAGAAUCCUGGGCUUGCUGUUCAAUGUGCAGAGGGGGCGGCCCACUCAGCAAUUCAGUAUUUUGAAAACAUGAGGAAUUUCUUAGAGGCUGUUAAGGAGAUGCAGCUUCUCACAUUUGAAGCAUCUGAUUUGGAGAAG